UCUCAGCUGUCUAUUUUCGGAGCCCAGCCAGCGACCCGAAAACUGACCCAGAACAUGGAUUCUGAAAAUAUGGAAUCUGAAAAUGUGGAAACCGAAAAUAUGGAAACUGAAAAUCUAGAAUAUGAAAAUAUGGAAAUUGAAACCAUUUCUUCAGUUUCAGCUCUGCAAGCCCUCUCUAAGCUACUUUAUCCCGAAGAAGAGGAUGAUUUUGAGCCUGGACAGCCAAACUGUUCAUCUGUCCUUGGAGCCAUGGGUCCUGGGAAUAUUGGACCACCAAGAACAGAAGAGCUCCAAGUCAUCCCUCAAAGCAGUGAUGAAAAUGGCGAGGAUAUCUGGAAUCCAGAAGAGGUUCCAGAGGGAGCAGAGCAUGAGGACAUGUGGGAUGUUAGAGAAAUACCAGAGUAUGAGAUAAUAUUCAAACAGCAAGUGGGAACUGAGGAUAUUUUUCUAGGAUUUUCGAGAAAAGACUCUUCAACCGCAUGUUGUGAAGAUCUAGUGGUUAAAAUUAAACUGCCAAAUACAAACCCUUCUGAAAUUAAAAUUGACAUCCAAGAAAUGGUUCUUGACCUCCGUACUCCUGAUAAGAAGCUGUUGAUAACCCUUCCCCAUCCUGUGGAAUGCAACAGUGCCAAAGCUUUCUAUAUUCUGGAGACUGAGACUCUUGAAGUCACCACAACUUUGAAAAGGGAGUUGGAUUUCAUUAAUUUCCUCUAAAACUUCAUGAGUAAGGAGGAAAAGGGGUAUA